UCCUAGCACCGCGUGUUUGCGUGAAGGUAUGAAAAGGCUCUUGGAGUCCACAGAGACGCAUUUCAGCACCGGAGAGAUGCGUCGCUCCUGCGCCCUGCUCGUUCUGCUCUUCGCCGCCGGCUGCUCGCUGUGUGCGGCGGAUGUCGGGGACUUCACCCCGUGCUUGCAGUUCUUCUACAGGUCUUGGCCUCCUAAGGGUCUGGCAGGGACCCCGAUCUGCCAGCAUUUUAACAACAGCUACCACUUUGCUACGCUGUACAGUCGGCCCCGUCGCUCGCCUUGGUUCUCCGCCUAUUUGUACACAGUACCCGCCGGAAAGAGACCCUCAGCAAGCUGGAAAUAUGAGCCACAGUUAGCCUACCCACAAGCAGAUGGCACCAUGAAACCCUUCCCUAGACCCCCCCUGGACCAGAACAUCGUGGAGAGCCAGGCUGUGGAGCAUGACUACAUCAACUCCACCUAUUCCCGCGGUCACUUGAACCCCAGCCUUCACCACAAGAGCCACGACACCCGCGAUGCCACCUUCACCCUCACCAACGUGGUCCCCCAAAAGACGGGCUCUAACGACGGGCCUUGGGUGUUCCUGGAGCAGAGUGUGAACCAUACCUUGGCAACCUACUGUCUCGGAGAGGCCUACGUAGUGACUGGCAUCAUCCCUUACCAGAGUGACGAUCACUGGCUCAACAAUCACCGCGUAGCAGUGCCAGAGUACCUGUGGUCUGCCUACUGCUGCCCAAAAUACAAUCAAAGUCUUCCGAAAGAGCUGGAGAACACCUUUCCCACAUACGCCGCCAUCGGACGCAAUGAUCCCAACAGCAGCGAGGAGAUUGUGCCUGUGAAUAAGACGGCUAAGAAACAAUUCAGGGGAUACGAUGUGAGAAAGAUGUCCCUGCAAACACUUGAGAUGUACCUGAAGGACAGGCUCAGUACUGUCAUCAGUGUGUUUAAUGAGCAGUGCAGUGGAUCAGACUGAUCCCGCACUGACCUCACUGUGAAUGCAUAAUAAAUACAUAUUAAAUUCAGGACAAAACAUAUGACAACACUUCUGUGAGGAGAAUGAUGCAACAUGUGCAACAGUUUGUGUGCUGCCUCCCACCCAAAAAGAUGAAAUAUUUAUGACCACUACAGAAAUGCUGCCACUGAGUUGAAGUACAAACACUGUGAACCACUAGGUGGUGACCUUGUGCAAUGAAUGUAGCAGGUAGGAAACGGGUGUUCUUAAUUGCACAUUUCAGCUGAAGCUGUAUCUGUAUAUACUGAUUCAAAGAAACAUCUUUUUUAUUUUUAUUUUGUUGAUUCACUAAAUAUGUAACCAAAUGAUGCCUAGCUAAAUAUAGUGGAAGAGUCAAAUCAUUUUUUUUUCUCCAGAAAAGUGAACAGAAUUGUAGCUGCUUAAUAUCUAGUUUUAACUACUUUAUAUGCAGGUAAAUUAGUCCUACUACUUCCUGUAGUAGAGGAUCCCUGGAUAGAGGGGGGUCCUGCAGUGACUGCAUGUUAGUAAGGAAAAAAAAUCUAUUAUCUGUUUUUUUUUUUAAUGUUGACAAUCUAAUUUUGCCUCUGAACAUUAAAUGAAUUAUGAGUGACAAUGAUUCUGACUUUUACACCUUAUAGACAUAUUCUUACAGAGCCUUCUGUUAUAUUUUUACUACUGAGCUGUUUAGUCUUUUUAAAUUUGACUUGAUUGUAUUGCUGGUUGAGGUAUUUUCUAAUAGACUGUGUUUUGGCUGCUGUAAUGCACUUUUGGGCUGAAUAAAGGAUAUUUUGUCUUAUUCUACAGCAC